AUGAACUUACCACAAUUUAUCAACCAACUACAACUCCUCGAUCAACCACAACUCCUCGAUCAACCACAUCUCCCGGAAGAACAUCACCCCCGCCACCAAGCAUGGCUCCUAUUAAUCCACUAUAAUGGCGGUUUGGAGAAUUUGGAUAACCUUCCACUACUUCGUUGUAACGUUACAAGAUUCGCGAAAGGGAGCAUAAUAGCUGAAUUUGAUCUGGCAUUUGACGUACACUAUUAUCUCGGCAUGCCAGAAUAUGAAACUGAAACCAUCAGAGCACGUGUAAACAACGCUAUUCAAUCAAUGGCGGAUAAAAACGUAACAACAUAUGCGUUCAGCAAUGGUACGAUGAGGAAUCUCACGGUUGACAGAGUUUACCUUCGAGAUGUGACAGCUCGACAGAUCAAUGAAGCCAGUGCGUGUACAGGUAACAUCCUCCGAUGUGAAUAUGGACACAGAUGCUAUUACUACAAUGGUGAAUAUGGAUGUUACAGUAUGUGUCAACGUAUCCCUUUUGGCACAUGGAGUCCUGAAGAUCAUGAUAGGUGCUAUGGCGGAACGUGUUCUUUAAGCGGGGACUAUGGUGCCUCUCUGACUACUGUUUGCACGUGCAAUGAUGACUUUGUCCAACUAGGAGAUGGAUGUACCUCAGUCGCUCUUAUUGCAGGAUGUUUAGGUGGCAUAGUGCUCAUAUUAAUUAUCAUUCUCAUUGUGUACGCUGUCAGAAAAGGGUCGUUAAAAUCAGUUGGCGAUCAGGAACCCAGGCCAGACACGUACUCCAAGGAACAAGAGGCCUUCAACAUGGAGCAGGUUACACGUCGCCAAUUAUUACGUCACUUAUCAAUUUCUAUGGGCAAUGCAGAUCGUACGGAUGAUAACCUCCAAGAUGAGAGUAACAAGGAUAACAAAGAGGAUGGAAGAAAAAGUAAGAAGUACAAUCUGAGUGACAGUCUGAAACUUAGACUGGAGAAAGAACUAUUACCGCCUAAGGAUGACGUCGAUAUGAGUAAAGAUGAGGCAAAAAGGCCAAAAUCACGGUUAUCCACCAAAAAGGAUGUUAACAAGGGAAAUAUUUGAUGACGAAAAACAAUACACACUGAAAAGAACACUAAAUGCCUAAAGCAACACUUCACAACAUUGAGUCCAUUUGAUAGAAAUUAUAAUUGUAGCGUUCUUCGAAAUGGUUACUUAUUUAAUUUCCACAAAAUUAGAUGACAACCCAGCGCUAGCGUUAUUGAAUACAGGAUCCAUCUAUAGUUCAUAAGAUAAGGAUAUAGAAGAAUAUUAAAACCAUUAACAAAACGAUUUUUACAAUACCCAUGUCUAUGCUGAGGAAAAUACACGCCAUUUUCAUGUUCUCGCUUAGACCAAAAAGGAAAAGUAAGUUUAAGGACCCAUCGGAAGACUGGUAGAAAUCUGGGAGGGAGCAAUCAAAACCUUUACAAUGUGUUUGUGUUCUUGUCAAGCUGCCACAGCAAUGUUUCAGUAUUUGUACCAACUAUUCAAAAUAUGCCAUGUAAAAUGUAAAUAUUCAUGAAUGUAAUUAAUCAAUUUAAUUGAAUAACUGUACCCUUGUAAAUCAAAAUAUUUAUUGUUAUAAUUCUUUUGUUAGUCAUGUUUAAAAUGGAACAUUUUGACACAUUACUUCAUUUAAAGUGUGUUUUAAAAUCUAUGAUUGGUUCUAUUCACAAACUACAAGAAUACAUAUUU